AUGUAUUUGGGAAGUGUGUCCAUGGCUUUUAUAGGAGCAAUAUCAGGGAGGCUGAAGGAUAAUGACGCUGUUCCUUGGCAUCAACCACCUCUGUGCUCUGUGGCUUUUGUGCCCAGAGUCCUGCUUAUCUUCUGGUUCAACAUGAAACCCAUCAGCUUUGUGGGCUGCUUCCUGCAGAUGUUCAUCAUGAAUACCUUCCUUCCUAUGGAAUCCUCUACCUUUCUGGUCAUGGCCUAUGAUCACUAUGUGGCUAUCUGCCAUCCACUGUAUUACCCAUCCAUCAUUACAGAACAGUUUGUCAUUAAUGCAGCCAUUUUUAUUGUUGCCCGCAAUCUUCUAGCUAUACUGCCCACUCCAAUUCUGGCUGCUAGACUCAAUUACUGUGCCAGCAAUGUGGUGGAGAACUGCAUAUGUGCCAAUAUUUCUGUAGCAAAGCUUUCCUGUGGGGACAUUCGUCUAAAUAAGCUUUAUCAAUUUGUGAGCGUUUGGUGCCUACUAGGUUCUGAUCUGGUGCUCAUCUUGCUGUCUUACUGCUUCAUCUUGAGGGUUGUCAUGUGUCAGCAGUCUGGAGGUACAGUCACCAAGGCCUUGAGUACUUGUGGUUCACAUCUCAUCCUUAUACUCUUCUUCUAUACUCUGUUGCUAGUCUUUAUCUUCACAAACAAGGCAGGAAAGAAGAUACCCUCAGAGGUACCAAUUCUUCUCAAUGUGCUGCAUCAUCUCAUCCCACCUGCCCUCAAUCCCAUUGUGUAUGGAGUACGAACCCAGGAAAUCAAGCAGGGGAUUAUCAAGCUAUUCAAACACUAG